GCGGUGGCAGAGGUUUAGCUUUGUUUUUGUUUUCAUGGUUCACCGCCAGAAGUUUGAUUUCAAAAACCCGGUAAAUGUUUUAAAAGCUCCUUUUUUUUAUUUUUCGGGCAAAAAUGGCACUAGUUUUGUGUGAUGAGGCGGAUCAUUUCGAGGAAGAGCCGGAUUUUACGUGCGCUGAUGCAACCGAACGCUGCAGUAAGCUGGUAGCCGAUAAAGUGCCCCACAAGAACGUCGAGUAUGUAGUUCUUUCCCGUAUGUACCGCCAGGAGGAACUAACACCGACUCUACCGAAAGACCCGGCUUGCAAUCCCAAGUGGCCACUGGCGGCGUACUGGCCGGUAUAUGUGGCCAACUUCAAAACAACCUGCCUAUCCGACGAGGUGGUUUUCGAGGAGGUUUCAAAGUUUUUUGCCCACAAUGGCUUGCUUACGAGAAUGAUUUUCCCGGGCAAUCGAGUUGAUGUGUCCUCUCUCGGGGAUGGGUUUACUUUCAACAGAUACCAGCGAAAUUCGAUGCUAUUCGACAUGCUGGUUUACUUCGUUUCCAAGGAGGAUGCCGAACGAGCGAUUGCCACGUGUCAUCAUGUGUCCUAUUAUGGGUAUAAGCUUACUGUCCUCCCGGGACGGGUUCCGGUCUAUUACGAUGAAACGCGAAGUAUAAAAGUGCCUCACAUAGAAGAAAUGUAUCCCGAGGAACGUCAAAUUGAGGAAGACCUGUCGAGGAAUGUUUCCGUUAAUUUCGUGGGACGAUAUCCGAACAAUUCCGUUGGGGUUGAGUUCCACUCCACCGAGGAUAUGUUCGCUGCAAUCGGAGCCCAAACGCGAUGGGGACCACAACGGAUGGCGCCCAACACGAUGAAGCAGCGCUUCAUUGAAGGCAAGGUAACGAACGACAUCCGGAAGACGAUCGAAGCGGACCCCUCGUGGAUGGACAUGAAACCGGGUGCGGUCGUGCUGCGCUGGCUGCUGGAGGGUUACCGGCCGUUCGUCAAUUUAGACUGGCAGAAUCACACGGCGCACGUCAUGACCGACACCAAUCUGGACUAUCUGCGACUGAAGGAAAAGGCGGAACAGCAGACGAAGCCGGAAACCCGCGAGAAGGAGUUGGAGAAGAAAGAGCUAGCAGUAUUGAAGCAAAUCGAAAUGUUUAAGGCUAAGUUUAGCCGGCAUCGGCAAAUGAAUGGCGAUUAAUUAGAUUAGUUAGGUUCAAUAUUUUCAAUUUAAUGCAAGUUCCAAAAGAAAUAUCUCAAUAAUUGAA